GCAGUACGUCAGUGUGGUUAACAGUUUCGUUCACGAUGGAACGUUACAUUGUAGUUUGUCAUCCCAUGAAAGGAAAGGUGUUGUGCACGGAACGAAGAGCAAAAAGCAUCAUCGCGAUUAUCAGUAUUUUGUGUAUCAUACUAACGGCUACGACUCCAUUCGAGUAUCAGCUGGCAUUCCACGACGACUGUAUUAGGAUGUGCGAGGAAAGUGAGUUGAGAGCGUUGCACCCUGAACACACUGACGACAACGGUACCGACACAUUUGCGCUCGGAAGCGAGAGGAACUGCAGCAGGGAGUGGGGCGAGGGAGUCAUUCCGGCGGACGAGGAAACGAUCCAGUUGUUUAUGAACUCCACCCAGCAACUGUUCCAAGCCAUGGUCAACAUUCAACUCAUGAACACGACAUGCUGCGUCAAAAACUACACGAUCAAAACCGAAGGUACCUCGCUCGGGAAAAACCGGAUAUACCGAAGCAUGUUCUACUGGUUUUCGGCGAUUGUGUUCGCAGUACUUCCCUUGGCGUUAAUCGCGACAUUCAAUUGCUUCCUGAUUCACUCGGUCUACAAAUCCUACCAGACGCGGAAGGUGAUGACCAACUCGCAGGAGCAAAAGUCACAAACUCAAGAAAACAGGAUCACACUUCUCCUCAUAUCAAUUGUGGUGCUCUUCUUGGUGUGCCAAAUACCUACCGCGUCCUUUUUGAUCUACGAAGCCUUGGUGGGCCAAGCUGACGAUUUCACCGAAAAUAUCAAAGCUGGCCUAGGCAACAUAUUCAACUCGCUACUGACGCUAAACGCGUCGUGCAACUUCAUUCUCUACUGCCUCCUCUCAGACAAGUACCGAAGAACAUGCAAAGCGCUGUUCUUCCAUCGAGACCUGAACCGGAACGACUCGCUCUUCAAGUCGAGUCGGCACUCGCUCAGGAUGAGCGAAAGGAAGCUAUUAAAACGCGGGAAGUCCACCUACGUUUGUACUCCAAAAAAUUUGGAGACCUACAGUUUGAACAGCUUCCCGCGUUCCAAGUCGAUGAUACAGCGGCCCUUGGGAAAGGCACAGUCGACCGAUUUGGUUACCUAGCACUAUCACUCGAACGUGUGAACACUUUAGAAUAAGAUUUUGUAAACAAUUUUGUAGUAGACGUACUUAAUAAAUUUUAGAUCUCUUC